AGUCCCCCUCGGAUUCGAUGAUGCUCAAAUACUACAAUACGUUAGCAAGAAUUAUAUUUUUGACUAUGCUCAUAUCGGAGAGGCUAUAAGGCUUUUCCAGGACGGACGCAGACCAAAGACGGAAGUCGAUGAGUUGCUGCUUGCGAAGCCGGAAGGAUAUGAAGAAACAGAUGAUUUUAGCAAGUUUGAAAAAAAGUUUGGAUUUUUGCCGGCCGUUCUCAAAGACCAUUUUCCUUAUAGGUAUUUGGGUGGUCUGCAGAUGGCGAGACGGUAUUUCCCGAAUAACGCCAGAUGCUAUACCCACGAAACAAACUAUCGUACUUUUUAA